UCAUCCCCAUCCCGGAAGUAGUUGUUGGCCGCUGCAGGGCAACACCCCGGCGUCCCUGGAAGCGGGGAGCCGGGGUGGUGCAGGGGAAGCUGCGCGGAACCGGAGGCCGGAGGCCGGAGCCUCCGGGGGUGGGGGGAACGCUCAGGGCCAGGUGUGGGGACCCAGAUAAAACAUGGCGGGACGACCUAUCCGCAUAGGGGACCAGCUGGUACUGGAGGAAGACUAUGAUGAAACCUACAUUCCCAGUGAACAAGAAAUAUUUGAAUUUGCCAGGGAAAUUGGAAUCGAUCCCAACAAUGAACCAGAGUUAAUGUGGCUGGCCCGAGAAGGCAUUGUGGCUCCACUCCCCAUGGAGUGGAAACCAUGCCAGGACAUCACAGGUGACAUUUACUAUUUCAACUUUGCCAAUGGUCAGUCCAUGUGGGAUCACCCAUGUGAUGAGCAUUAUCGGAACCUAGUGAUCCAGGAACGGGGAAAGCUGUCAACUCCUGGUGCCAUCAAGAAGAAAGACAAGAGAAAGAAGAAGGACAAGAAGGACAAGAAGGACAAGGAACUUCCCAGAACUCCCAUGGAAACACAGCCAGAUCAGGGGAUCCUACCUUCUGCCUCCUUCUACUGUGGUCCAUCCCCACUCUCAGCAUCUGGGCUCACUUGCUUGGACCUAGAACAGGAGAUACAGAUGAAAAGUGAGGGCUCCUUUAGGAAAGGGAAGGGCAUGUGCAUGCUGGGUGACAACCCCUGGCCUAUCGUGGGUGCCUUGCCAAGCAAGCUGCAGCCUCUAUCCAAAAGCCAAGGUCCCCGAACCCACCAGAUCUUUGAUGAUGUGGAGAAAAUCUUAGGCAGAGUCUCAGCCUCAGGCAAGACAGAACUAGGUGACCAGUUGGGCCUUGAAAAGCCCCAGAAGCUGACAGAGAAGUUUUUCCUGGGCUUUUCAGACCCUGAAGUAGAAGAGCUAGAAAUGAUGACCAAGCAUCUGAAAUCGAAUACUCAGGGCCCUGAAAGCAUCAGACCUUUCCAAGAUGACCCUGAGAUGUUAGAGAGUAGGAGUCAGUCUUCUACCAUCUCAAAGCUCUCUGAAGCCAUCAAGAACCCACAGGCAAAAGGGGAGCAACUCUGUUAUAACCCAUCCAAACUUGGCCUGACUGGGCCUAGUGGGGACAAAGGCAGGAACUUGGUCCCCUCAGCAGGGCCAGGAGAUGCAACCUCCCUGCCUCCCUACAGUUGUGAGCACUUGUUGUCUAGCAGAAAGGGCAAGUUACUUUUGAUAGAUAGCAAUCCAGCUGAAGAGCUAAACCAUCAAGAGAUCUUUGAGGAAGGUGUACUCUUGGGUAAAGGCAGGAGGAAAAGAGAGCCCCAGAGACUGUGGAUGGGACAAGUCUCUGGGCUCCUCAGCAGGAGUGACCAGGAGAGCUGCAAGGAGUCUGAGUUUAGUGACUCUGAGGUCCAAGCCACCUCAGCUCAGGAAAGACUGCAAGGCCACCUUCUUGGUCCUCCAUUAAGUGCAGACAUAGCACCACCCCUUGUACAGAUAGCAGCAGCUCAGAAUGUCCUUCCAGAGAAUAUCUGUGAAAGUAUUCCUCUUAUCAAUGAGAUCAGGGAGAUCUCCCAGCCUCUGGGUCAUCCAGAUGAAGACAAGAAGCCCAGUAUCUCUGAACCUGACCUGGAGAGCAGUAGCAGUAGCAGUAGUCUAGCUUCUCACCUGGGAUCACAGGUCUUGGGUGAGGUGGAUAACUUCUCCUGGGACUUGCAAAGCUCCCGGGGGUCAGAACUGGCAAUGGGCCAGUUAGGAGCUGGUCUUCGGGCCCAGUAUGUCCACCCUUUUCUAGAGUCCCAGUUAGUCCAUACCCAAAGCUCAGCAGAUGAUCGAUCAGAGAGUGAAGGCUACUCUGAGGACCAGAGAUUCUACCAGCACAUCUUGCAGAUGGUCAAGAUCUCUAGACGGCUAGAAGGCCCUCUGCUGGCUGAGGGCAUGCAGGAGAUGCCAUGCAAGGACAUUGCUAGUAUGGUCUGUCGUAUGGCAGCAGGGUCACCUGGGACACCCAGUGAGGGGGAACAAGAGGAAACCAAAGCCACUGAGGGAGAGUCAGGGCCCAUGGCUUGGGCACCAGAACUACUCCAGGACCCAGAGGCAAUAGACAGUAUCCCUGAAGGGGAUGGGGCUACUCAGCAAGUCCAUCCGCAGCCACCGAGCAGGUCCCCCAGGCAGGAGGAAGCUGAGUUGAGUUCCAGCAGAGGCCUGGCUCCAGAGUCAGGGACAAGGCAGCUUCUCAAUCAGGCCCUGGGUCCUUCCUUAGCCCCAGUUCAUGUACCCCUGGGAGGCCUUGCUCCAUUACGUGGUCUCAUAGAUACAUCAGCACCAACCUUACGUUCAUCCAUGAGUAUCAACUUGGGAAGCUCAGUGGAAUCUUCUCAGCCUUUGGAAACUGCCCAGCUUCCCCAAGGCCCCAAGACUUCUUCCCACACCAAGAGUCUCCUGGGCUCCAUCCAUGAGGAGAAGAACCCUCUUAGCCUGCUGGCUCUUGGUGAGGAGACCAAUGAAGAAGAGGAGAGUGAUAAUCAGAGCCUCGGAAGCACAGCUGGACUCCUCAAGAAUCUACACCUGGAUAUUGGGGUUCUGGGGGGAAAUUUUGAUUAUGAGGAAUCUCCAAGAAGCCAUGCAGAGGAUAAGAAGGAAACAUCUCUAGGUUCAGAUGUCCCCUGCCCCCAGACUUCUGACAAGCACUCCAGCCGUGAUAUAGAUAGCAGCCUGGGCAGUGCUGAUGGUGAAGGCCAACGAGGGAAGUUGGCAAUUGCUUCCCUCCCAGGCAAGGAAGAUAGUGAGAAGGGUGAUCCUGGGGCCUCCCGGCUGCAAAUGACUCAAGGAGUAGACUCAGGGACUGGUGAAAAUACUGGAGAAGCCAGCAAGAAAUCAUUAGAAGACCCAGUGGCGGUUGGAGAAGUGGGCUUUGAGAAAGAAGAGGUAUUGAAUGUACUAGAGAAGGCAUUGACAGAGCUGAAAACAGAGAGCAGAUCUGAUGUCAAUGAAGAGUCAGAGGUCAGUGACCAUGUGCAAGAGUUGCAGUUCUCAGACCAUUCUGAUCCCAAGUCAUUUCUUGGCUUGGACUUUGGUUUUCGAAGUCGGAUCUCUGAACAACUGCUGGAUAUAGAUGGAUUGUCCCCAGUCCUGGAUGGACCCAAAUGGGAGACCAAGGGCCCAAGAGAAGAGGAAAAAGAUCAAAGUCAAUCUGACCUGGAAGAACCAGAAAGUGAACAAUCCAAUGAUGAAGAGAGAAUUCUGGGUACAAACCUACCUGCCAGUAUCUCCAGUCAUCAUUCACAUGCAGAUGAACGGGUCAUCAGUCCCUCUCCUGACCAUAAGGUGGAGGAAGAACCACAGUCCACAAAGGUUGAACGUGAGCAGAAAAAGGCCAAAGAACUUGAGGAUCUGAUGACCAGCCCAAUCUUGCCAGGCUCCCGAGAAGCACUAAUCCUAGAAUCUGUAACACUUCAGAGACAGACCUUAGGGGAUUCCCUAAAGAUUAUAGAAGAGAGAACAGCCCAGGAUCUGGAGGAAGAGCGAGCACGACUGUUAGAGGAUCGGAGACAGAAGCUGGAACGACUUCGGGAGGAGCUGUGGCAAGAGGAAGAAGAGGAGAGGCAGAGACUUGAACAGCAGAAGGACAAGUCCCUUAGGUCUCUGAGGGAGCAACUCAAGAAAGCAACUGAGGAGGAAGAGGCUCGAGUGAGAGAAGAAGAGAAUCAGAAGCUUUCUAAGUUCCGAGCUCAGAUCUUAGCGAAUACAGAAACCCAUGAGAAUCAGAUUAGGGCAGAGCAAGAAGCUUCACUACAGAAAGUAAGAGAAAACUUGGAGUCAUUGCAGAAGGCUGAGAAGUUUAGCCUAGAGCAGAAAAAGAAGCAGAUGCUAGAGAGACUUAAGGAGGAGAUAGAGGAUAAUGAAAAGAGAGAGAAGGCCCUCUUGGAAGAAGAGAAUGAAAAAGCAAUGAGUCAACUCAGAGAACGGCUGGAAGAUGAAAGGAAGGAGGCUCUGGCAUCUCUGGAGAAGGAGCAUGCAGGCAACCUGGAGAGACUUCAAACCUCAGCUGAGGAGAAGCACCAUGAGGUCAUUGCUGGCCUGAAAAAGCAGAUAGAGGAGGUCCAUCGGAGGGAGGAGGCCCAGCUGCAGGAAGAACUGGGCCAGGCAGAACAGAGAGUCCAACAGAAAAGUUACCGAGUGACGGAGUAUGAAAGAGAGCUGAGUGACCUCCUGAGAGACAAGAGGGAGGAUGUGGAGAAGGACCACGAGCGGAGGCUGGACAGAAUGAAGGAAGAGCAUCAGCGAGUGCUGGCGGAGGCCAGGGAACAGUAUGAUGACGAGGAGAGGAAGCAGCGAGCGGAUCUUCGGACAAAUCUGUCCAGUGAGAUGGAGCGUCUGAGGCGGGCUCAUGACCGAGAACUGGAAACUGUGCGGCGGGAACUGGAAAGGCAGCUCAGCGAGAUCCGGCUCAGACACCGAGAGCAGGAAAGGAAGCUCGAGGAUUUAGAGGCAGACUUGGAAUCCAGAACUAAAGAUAUCAAGGCCAGAUUGGUCCAACUGGAUGUGCAAGAGGAAACCAUCAGAAAGAAGAAGCAGCAGCUUCUAGAUGUAGAGAAGCAGAUUGCCCUGGAGAGAGAGGAAGCCACAGCCACCCACCAGCAACUGGAGGAAUCAAGGAAGGAGCAAGCCCACCUGGCAGAGUCCACUCGGCAGCUGCGCCGAACUAUGGAGGAUCUGCGGUCAAAGAAGGUUGAGCUGGAGUCCCAGGUAGAGGUGCUCCAGGCUCGGAUUCAGAGGCUGCAGAGACGCAUGAGUGACCUAGAGGCAGAGACCCAGAGGAAGCAGGAUGUCUUGAAUGAGCUGGCUGUUGAGGAGAUCAGUGCCUCUCCUCGCCGUGAUGGAGAACUCCAUCUGGAAGACCUGAGGAAAUCCUUGGGGACGACCCUUGAUAAAGAGCUCACUGCUGGCACCACUCUGAACAAUGAGGAGAGCCCUCCCCAGUUGGAUAACCUCCGCCACUACCUCUCCUCUGAGGGCAUGUCCCUUCGCAGUGCCAGGGAAUUCCUGGUCCGGCAGACACGUUCCAUGAGGAAGCGGCAGACAGCUCUAAAAGCUGCCCAGCAGCAGUGGCGUCAUGAUGUUGCUGCUGCCACUGCUGCCGCCGCCGCCGCCCAGCUGACCUCUGAAGAUCUGCCCAAUUCUCAUGCCCUCGAAGAUACACGGAAGAACAUAGAGGAGGAGACAAAAAAGCUGGAUGAGAUGAAGUCAGCCAUGCGCAAGGGCCAAGUUCUGCUGAAGAAAAAGGAGGAGAAGCUGAGUCAGCUGGAGAAUUCUCUCCGGGAAGAGCUUUCAGAUGAGGACACCCUGAGAGGAAUGCCCGGAAGGAAGGUGGUGACAUUUGACCUUAGUGAUUUUGAAGACAGCAGUAUCAGCUUGGAGGCUUCCCCUCUGCCCCACGGGGAUCCAAUGUCAAAUAUACCUUUCUCCCAGCUCAGCAAGAUCCAGUACUUAAGCAACUCCUUACAGAGAAUCACCGGUGAACUCAAUGGGGUACUGACUGUCUUAGGCACCCUCAGCAUCCAGCCAUCACCCAUAUUAACUUCAACCCAAGUCCAGAUGCCUCCCAUGCCCUCCAAGACUACUCCUAUCUCUACGCACCCUUCCUUGACCAGACUUUCAGUCCCCACUUCUUUGGCUCCAUCCUCUGGUAUCCCCCUUCCCAAUCAGUGGGCCUGGGGCCCUAAAGUAAGCUCUGGGCUCUCUUCUUCAGUUGCUCAGUCAGUGGACAACUUUCUGGUGGAGAAGUGGCACAAAUAUUUCCCAGCUGGAGUCCCAUUACUUAGUGGCAGCCCAGCCCCUUUGGACAAUAGAUUGGGCUAUGUAUCUGCCAGUGAUCAGCUCCGCCUGUUACAUCGCUCCCACUCCCAGAUCUCUCAGAGCAGUGGUUCCAACUUUCAAGGCAUGCUUGACUCCAACAGGAAGUGGCUGGAGCAUAUAAAGAAGGAUCCCAAGGUGUAUCCUUUCAACUUUUCCCUUUGCUUUUGUGUGUCCAUGUUCCUGGAGGGAGGAGGCUAGGAUAGCUGCCUGGGGAUGAAGGCAGGGUGCUGCUAGGACUCGGGGGUGGGGGUGGGGGGGGGCUCUUUCUCCUUUCCCUCUUCCCAUGACCUCCACUCCCUCUGUAUCUUUGCUCCAGCCAACCUCAACUUUUCCUUCACAGUAUUGCCAGACCUCUUUUCUCCUCCUCACCCAAGCCCUCGGCUACAUCUAACCUGCUGCAGUUGGGUCUGGAUGAGUACAACAAACUGAAGGUGUAUCACUAUUAAGGACUCCAGGCCAGUAGGGCACAGGGCACUCCAGCCUCCUCAUCUUAGACCAAGUGCCUCAGGAGCUGCCUGCACUUUAUUGUCCCUGAUCCAUCAUUCCUCUGCUGUACUGCCUGACCCUCUCAGGACUUUGGGGGAGGGUAGAGGAGUGACAAUGGGGUAGGGGACAGUGGGAGGAAUAGAGCAAGCUACACCCUCUGAGAACCCCAUUCCAAAUGGAGAAGUUUUGAGCUUCCAUGACCCACUAGGACCUGCAGUUUCAUGCCAGUGCGAAUGAGUCCUCGCCAACAGCCCCAGUGGAAGGAGGAGGUGGGGUUGGACACUUUCAUGGGGGCCUGACAUCAGAAAGCCGAGGGGAACCCCUUCAGGGAGUGGUCUUAGCCCUUCCAGAGGACCUGGUUCUCUAGGGCAUUUUGCAGAGGUCCAGUGUAGCCAGUUUUUUAACUUUUGAUGUACUGGGGCAGAUCAAGGUAUGGAUGACUCCCCUCUCCAAAGCAUGUUUACCCCAGGACGUGGUGCUUCAUAGGGGACUGGCUCCCUUCUGAAUCUAUUUCUUUUGAGCUAAUACCUCAGCAGGGGGACAUCAGGCCUUCUGGUUUUUUUUUUUUUAAUGAUUCCAUUUUUGCACAAUGACUUGGUUUCUAUUUGGGGCUUUCUCAGGUUUGUGGUCAGCUUCACAGAGUUCUUCCCUGAGGCCAAUUGACGUGGGGUCCCUGAGACCCAAGGCAACCAUGACCCUUCCCCCUGCCUUUGCCAUGCUUGCCCUGUGUGACUGAGGGAAUCACCUUCCACUUUUAUCCCUGGGUUCUUGCCAUCAUAAUGGCCCUCUCCUUGUGCUUUGGGGAAAGGAGGACCUUGGGGUCAGACUCCAUGGGAAGAUGAAGCCAGGGACAGACCUCUGUAGGGGUCCCAUUCCAUGACCCUCACGCGUUAAGGUUAUGGCUUUCCUUGGAUGGACAGAAAGCCAUUAGGAAAGGAGAUGGGGCUCUCCUUGGCCUCAUUCCAGUCAUUUCAGUUCUCAGGUCACCUUGUCUACUUGUCGGCCCUUGCUUUCCUCCUGCCUUUCUCACCGGCUUCUUUGGAUAAAAACAACUGCAUUUCAGCCAGCACUCUUUUCUUCUUUCUGCCCCUCCUUCCUCCUGGCCUUCCCAUCCCCUCUAAUCUUUUGAGUUUUGCUGUAGAUGAGGUUUCUUGUACCAAUUGAAGUCUCUGAGUGAGGGGGGAAGAGGUAAGAGAUUCAACAAUCAGAGGAGGGGGUCUGGAGCUGUCUGCACCCUCAGAGGAGGGCUUCCUGCAAGUCCCCUUCAAUCAGCUGACCAGACAAACCGGCUCCUUGAUGGGGUUUGGUGGGGACUUCUGGGAAGUCCAUCUCACUGUUAUAAAUAAGAAGUCAACAUUUUUCUGUCUUAUGGCUGUGGAAUUGUGCUUAGCACUUCUCAGUGUGGAAACCAACUUCUCAUCCUCUUUCUCAUGGAGGAGAAACCUAGGGACCAGAUUGCUCACUCCCUCAGGCACUAUACCGAGUCACAAGCCCACCCUCGCAGAGGUGUCCCUUUUGUUACUUGACUGAUGCUGUGUGGUUUUGGAAUGGAAUGGCUUGUGUGUUCUUAACAGCUGUGGUGACAAUCAAUCCAGCUUGUCUUGCCCCAUGUUUUCUAUAUCAAUUAAACCUCCAUGGGUCAUUUUUCUACAA